AUGGACUCAUCUGCCCGGGCGUACAUUCCCCUCGACGACGAUUCCCCGAGAGAUCUGUUCAAGAAAGCCACAGAAUUCUAUAAAGUUAUCCAAGAAAAGCUGGAAGAAAAGGGCAGCGCUGGUACUGCACUCAUCAGUGAUACUCUGACACGAUAUUUGGGUACCGUGAUCUUCGGCAGCAACUACAUUGAACGUGCUGGCCUCAACCUGGAAGAGACCAACAAAAUCUGCGAACGUAUCUUUCGAGGAGAAUUCACCCCAGCAUCUCAUAUCAUCCGAAGCCGGCGAGAGGUAGUUCAACAUGCGCUGGCACUGAACUUUUUGAUAGAUGUAAUGGUUGUCAAGGACAAACCGCUUUCCGAGAACCUGAUUCUCCAUACCCACCGGAUUCUGACGGAGUGUAUCGACACGGCUGGGGGCAUCCCUUGGACAGAAUACUCGGGCAGGUAUAGAAAGGUACAUGUUCAUGCAGGGAAUACGAAUUUUGUUUCGCCUAGAUAUGUGCCCGCGAAGAUGAAAGAGCUGGUUACCGAGUUCGAGAGAGAUAUUCAUAAGAUUGAAUCUACCCAUAUCCUUGAUCCAUUCACCUUGGCUGCCAAGUACUGCAACGACUUUGUGAUGAUUCAUCCUUUUGCAGACGGUAAUGGAAGAAUGUGUCGAUUGAUCAUGAACGCAAUACUGUUAAAGUACGCCGGGAUCGUGGUCUGCCUGGGCGAGCACGAUGAAAGCCGCCGGCAAUACAUCGACAUUCAAAAGCGAGCUGGAGAGCGCAUGGAAGGCUCGGGAGAGCUUGCUGCAUUGAUUUUGAAAAAGUCAGUUGCUAGAUAUCGAACUAUUAAACAGAAAAUCAGAGGAAAGAAGCAGGGCUGA